ACUGGUCUUCAAUUUUAUUACAAUUAAAAUGUUAUGUUUCAAAAAUUAUGCCAUAAUUUACAUCAGAUUUUUUAAAAGUGCUACAUUAAAGAUAUCACAGGACAAGUUACCAUUUUUUUAAAGUAAAAUCCAUCUUAAAUUAAAAAAAAAAAAUGCUAAAAGGCACAAUUAUUCAAUUAAUGCUUAACGCCACGUUACUCACCACGUUACUCAAUGUUAUAUAACUGUUAGUGUACCUAAGUAUCGAGUCUCAUAUAAGUAGAGCUAUUUUCAUACCAUAUAAGUUUCUUUUUAAGAACAGCCUCUUCAAGAAAGCUUUGCUUGGUAGGCGCUGCCUAUUCACUCGGACAAUGCUCUGAACACGAAAGUGUGCAGUUCCGCCCCCUUCUCCCAUGCUGAGUCACAGGCAGCGCCUCGGAAAGCACGGACGAGCUACAUGCAGGGAAACUUGCACGUGUGGUUCUGGCCGGGGACCCCGGUAUACUGUACUAAUAUGUGUAGGUCCCCGUAAUUCGAGUGAGAUUGUCAUGGCGCAAAAGGAGAUAUGGUCUGGUAUUCCUUUGUUCCCUGUAUUGGUUAUGUUCUUCAUUUCUCGUCUAGCAGAAACUAAUCGAGCUCCGUUUGAUCUCCCAGAAGCGGAAGCUGAAUCAGUAGCAGGCUAUAAUGUAGAAUAUGCGCGGGAUGCGAUCCUUAAUAGUCCACUGUUGGCGGAAGCCAAUGUCCCGGGGACUCAUUCUGACUGAAAGAAGGGGUGGGUCUUUACCAACUUUAAAAUAUUCAAUUUUAGGGAAGCCAAAAAACGUGAGCGCCCCUACGCGAGCCUUAUUGAAAAGGCCCCUUACUAUAGAACA